UCAGGUGCAUCUCUACAGCCUCAGGGCUCAACUCCUACACUUUUAAGUCCCUCCCAUUGAAACAACCUCCUUCAGUUUCACUUAAUCAAGCAGCGGACAGGUACUUCUCCCUCAGCACUGACAGCAACAGUUUAACAACCCUGAACAACUGGACCUCUCCUCCUCAAUUCUCAGUAUCCUAUGGCAAGUGCUGUUUUCUCCAGAUGCCUUCCAGAACUGGCUUCAAAUCAAAUCUUUUGAGAAUCUCUUGUACAAAUUAAAAGGAAGGUUGGAAAACAUAUAUUCAAUUUAUACUAAAUAAAACCACCUUUUACAAACUGGUGAAAGGAAAAUCAUAAACCUGAUCAAUAAAGAAAGAUGAGCCUCCUCAAAGAGCGUAAGCCAAAAAAACCUCAUUAUAUCCCAAGACCUCCAGGAAAACCAUUUAAAUAUAAGUGCUUUCAGUGUCCUUUCACCUGUAACGAGAAAUCACAUCUUUUUAACCACAUGAAGUAUGGGCUGUGCAAAAAUUCAAUUACUUUAGUGUCUGAACAGGAUCGGAUUAUCAAAUGUUCAAAAUCAAAUUCCUUAGAACCAAAGCAGAUCAAUCAAGCAGAAUCUGAAACAAAACCAAUGUCCUCUAAAUCCCUCUUAAAUCUUGACGCUAAAUCCCAAUACCCUUUUGCUAAAGAUGAUGCCAAGGAAAACAUAGAAGUUCAAAACCAAGCAACAAAUAAAUUGGUAAAUGGACAAAAAACACCAGUUCAGAAGGAAUUAACUCUGAUCGGUAAUGAAGAAGACAAUAUGGCCAACAUGCAGCCUGGUCUUGAAGGCAUUGUAAGACCUUCUGCUUUUGUCCCAGUAGAACACCGACGCAGUAAAGACAAUAAUGAUAUAUCUCAAUUGCCAUCUUUUUCUGAGUCAACCAAAACCUCUUCUUACCAUAUGAAGUCAGCAUUUCAUGCUCCAACCAACCCAUGGAAAACAGGUUCCACACUUAUUGCGCCAGAUUUUACUAAUAAAAUUCCACCUGCAAAAGGCUUCAAUUCCAUUCCAUCUUAUAUGCAGCCCAUCAUUCCUGAAUAUUCAUCUUCAUUAUAUGAACAUGGCUUGGCUAUCUAUGCACCUUACUUCCUCCCAGGAAACUCUCAUGAGUGUGAAAGUUCAGUGCUCUCUGUCUACAGUUCUCAAGAUCAAAGACAUUUUCUUCCUCAUCCUGGACCACUUUCUAAACCAAUAAAUCCAGCAACAUAUGAACACUACCGCUUAUUCCAGCAGUAUCAUUCUAAUCCACCAGUACCAUAUGGAUUUUGUAGACCAACAGAAUCAGCAUUUUAUAGGCUACCACACAUUGCAAGUUCUCAUUUAAUGGAAGAAACAACUCUACUGUAUCCGGCUUCUUCGAGUCCAGCCACACUACAUUCAGUAAAUACUCACAGAAAAGCAGCUGACUAUGAAAAAGAAAUCCCUAUGGAGAAUGCCAAAGGCCAUUCCAAAGAGGACCAAAAUGAGAGAGAAAAUGCUAAAAUGAGCCCUCGUGCUGGCAGUGCAGCCACAGGAUCCCCAGGCAGACCCAGCCCAACAAACUUCACUCAGACAACCCACAGCAGUUGUGAAGGUCUCUUUGAUCUUUCCAGCAGGUCAUCUGCUCUUAAUAUUAACAAGUAUGAUCAACCUGAUGAAAGUUUUACAGCAUUCAGACCUGUGAGGAAAGCUACAGACCAAUCUUCCCUUCCUCUAUCAAAGGAAGCCAGAGGAAACUCACCCAGAAGUGAUGUCACUAGUGAAAAUGAAAAUAUACAUCAUGCAAGUGAUGGUAAAGAAGACCCUUUGUCCAGUUCUGAUGACGACACAGGGAUAGCACCACUUAAUCUUUCCAAAAAGCCAGAUGCUAAUAUAAUUCACGAACAUAUGUACAAAAACACUCUACAGAUGGAAAAUCAGAACUUCAUGGAACUUCAGGAAAUGCCUCUAAAUCUCUCAGUAAAAGACAAGUGUAAUAUAAAAUUAGAGAGUUCAUCACAUGAAGCAGAAUACAGUGAACCUGUAAAAGCUGAAGAAACCAGUUCGGGAGCAAAAGUAUGCAACUCAGCAAAUCACACAGAUAGAAGCUCUUUUGAUAAGCCUCUUAACAUAAUGCAGGGGAAAGAGGUUCAGGAACUCAGGACAAUUGACAGCUGUGAUGAGCAGAAACAAACUGCAGCUGUUGCUCUGUGUCAGCUAGCUGCCUAUAGUCCUAGUAAACUCCAAAUGGAGACGGCAGAGAAAAGUAAUCAGGACAACAAUUCUCAGUAUACAGAUUCUGCUCCUGAACCAUCUGACAUCCAGGACAAUCACUGCAGUCAAAAAACAAAAGGACAAAAAAGGACCAAUCAAAGAGAAGCAACAAAACUGCAGCAAGGAACAAAAAGAGUAAGAGCAAAUGAGUGCAGUAGGGUGUUCACCCUGAGAAAGAGAACCAGAGUUUCAUGAUGUUUCACUUGCUAAUGCACUAUCACAUAGAAGAGCAGUUCUCAAGCAUGUUCUCUCCCAAAAGCACAAACCUUUCAGCACCAAUUCCCAGCAUUCAGUCUGGUGGACUCCUCUGAUCUAUUCAGAUUGUACUAUGUAAAUAUGUACUGUCUUUAAUUAUAUAUUUAUGUUUGAAAAUAACACAAAUAUAUUCAGACUACAGAGUGAACAUUAAACAGAAACAGAUGGUACAUUUUUCUAAAUGCACUAUGUCAUAAUGGUUUUUACAUUCAUUUUUAUUACCAAAAGUGUAAUCUCUAAUAGCACCAAUAUUUUAUUCGUGAGAUGAGUGCCAUCUCAUCUCUUUGGCUUAUUUUGUUCUCAUAUCUUUUUACUUUAUUACAGUUUUUGUUUCCAUUUUUUUUCUUGAUUUCUUCGCCAUUUAUUGAAGCCUGAAAACUUCCACUUGCCUUUUACAGCUUAAUAGUUAUUGCAUUCUGAUUGAAAAUACGCACUGGGAACACUCAUAUCAUAUCUUUGCUCAUUCCACUCAAAUCCUUGUUACGUACAGAUUUGCAUGUUUUUGAUCCAUAGUCAAAUGGCACAAUGAAAACUUUUUAUGUCUUAAAUUAAUCCAAAUCUAAACUUGACAUGAAAUGGGCUCAACAUUGUCAACCUAAAUAAUUGUGAUGGCUUGAUUUUCUGCAGUUCUAUAAUAAAUUAUUCUCAAUACAAUGCAUGAAGCUGCAUUAGCACAUUGGUAUGCCACAUCACAAAAAAACCCACUUAGAAUGUUACAGUUACAGGUAUAUUGCUGACGUCAUAGCAUUGCAAUUGAAUUGUUGUCUAAGUGCAGCCAAAAAUCCUUUACACAUUCUUUGUGCAAAAGGAUAAUGUAAACCACAGCUUAAAAUGUUUACAUUAAGCUAAAUCAGGUCUUAAGGUUGGGUUUUUGAAAGAAGGUUCAAAUGCCAGAUGUUCAUGCAAAAAUGCUUUCAUGCUUCAUAAACUGCAUCCCUGGACAUCCAGUAUCUGCAAAAAUUCCAAAUCAAGGGGUUAUUUUUUUUAAUUCACAAGAGAAAGAACACCACUGGUGAAGGUGUUAUUUCUAUACUUUACAUCCAUAUUAAAUUGUAAGCAUUAUAAUAAUAGUAUGUCAGGCUUUGUGGCUGGGGAAACAAAAGAAUAUUUUGUUAAACUGCUGAAAGUCAUUUCCUAUUUCUAUUUUAUAAAUAUUAUAAUUUUUUUUAAUUUCUACAUGCAAUGUAUUAUACUUGGAAAAAAUUAAUUAUUAUGGCAAAAAUAGAAGUGUUUAUAUUGCUUUGGUUUUAUUAUGUGUCUUGCAUGGAGAAACAAAAUCCAAAAUAAAUUAUCAAAAAA